AUGGAUGAUAUUAAUUCAACUUACAGUGUCAGUGGGUCUGGUAGUGGGUCUACUAGGGACUGUCCACACUCGAAUACAUCCAUAGGCUUGAAUACAUCCAUAGAAGAAUUAGUAAACGGUGUGUCAAGCCAUCCAAAUUUCAGAAACGCUGUCGACAGCAUUAACUCUGGUCAAACCACUAAUAACCGAACCAUACAAAGCGAUUCUGUAAAUACGGUCUCCUCAGGAUCGACAGGACCCGCUCAAGAACUCAGGAACUUGUUUCAAUGGGGAACUUCUAUGAGACAGCAACAAAAUUUGAAUGCAACAAUUCCUAAAUUCAAUAGCAGGUUUACCUACCAGUCGAGCGGACGAAGCAGAUCUUUACCUUAUAAUCGAAGUAAUCAAAAUUCUAAAUCAAAAGGAAAACCAAAGAGUUCGGCGACAAAUAGCCAGCCAUUCUGCAGAGAAGUAGUAUUAUUGAAUACCCCAAAUGACUGCAAGGUUGUCAGAGGAUCAAAAAAAGUAAAUCUUCACAAGACAGGGAACGUUAAAAGUGCAUUCAAGUUUGAAAAACAUUGGUCAUCUUCCAAAGUAUACGACGAGCUGGUGAAAGAGUUCCAUCAACUGGAGAGUGUCACAAGAAACCCAAAGUAA